UACAUCAAAAUAAAAAACCACCUCACAAUCAAAAAAGAUAUAUAAAAACAGUAUAUAUGCAUUCACACAUACAAGAUACAAAUAUGAAGGAAGAGAGACAGACCUCGCGUGUUGGUUUCCAGUUCAUGCAAUAAAUUGUGUGUUUGUUUUUUCUUUCAGUUCUUAAAGCCAAGUGAGUCAGAGCCCGGGCAUCCGACGGACAGGGCUUUAAAAGAACCAGAAACCUUUUUGGUUACUCGCAGGCAAAGGAGUCUUUCCAUACCCAUUUGCCCCUCAAAAUUUCACCUCUUUAUCAGGUUUCCUCUGAAAUUAUUUUCAUACAAGGAUUGAUGGAGAAGCCUUCGUUUUUCAAAGUCUUGAUUGGUGACUUCGAAGAUAAGUUGGUACUGUUUUUAUCUUAUUAAUUCAUCAAAAAUAAGCUAGCAUGUUUCACUCUUGGAUCCAAUCCAAGCCUACAUUUCAGUUUUUAUGGUAGUAAUGCAGGUAAAGUUGAGAGCUUUAAUGCCUCACUGAUGUUGGAGUACGGAAAUUCUGUUUUUCCUUUGUGGGUAUUUUUGAAUACUCUUAAUUUUCUUUUUUAGGGUUUAGAGUACAGAAUUUCUUUCUUUCUUUUGAAUCUAAGAAUACACAUGCUAGUUUGCUAUGUUACUGUAUAUAUGUCAAGUUGAUUGCUUUAAUGCCUUACCCGAUUGUUAAGAGAGUUCAAUUUUUUAAUUUUCCUUCAUGGGUUUGCUUGAAUGGCUUCUAUUUGUUGAAUCUUGAUGAAAUAUGGUAAAUUAAUAUCCUGCAAAAAUGACAUGAUUUGUUGGAGUAAGUUCUUCUUGAAAUGUAUUCCACUACAGCAACUUCCACCGGAGUUUGUCAAGAACUUCUUCAAUGGAUUGCCCAGAGAGUGCGUAAUUAGGAGCCGCAUUGGGACUUGGCAUGUCAAAAUCACUGGAUCUAGUGAGAGAUUAUUUUUCAAUGUUGGUUGGAAAGUAUUUGUCGAGGAUCAUUCUUUGGAAUUGGGAGACUUUCUUACAUUUGAAUAUCAUAGGAAUACAGAGUUUCAUGUUAAGGUGUUCGGAAAAACUGCUUGUGAAAAGGAUUUUGCUAUGGAUCGGAGAAAGAAAAAUAGAACUCAGCAGAGGAAAAAUGAUGAAGUGCAGAAAAUUUCUUAUAGAAAUGGAGUUGGAGAGGCCAAAUCCACUCUCAAUAACAUAUCCCAAGUCAAAGAAGAAACUGGGGACGAUUUCUGGAUUGAAUCAUUGAUGGCUGGUCCAGCUUCUAAGAAAAGGCAGGGGGAGAACACCAUGUUGUCACCAUCUUCAAGUUCUUGUAAGCAAUAUAAAAGGAAGACAAGAAACCAAGUUGGGAAUGCAAAUGGAGUUGCAGGAUUUGUCCCCAGUAGUUUUCAUAUAGACAAGCAAAAGGUGAUUGGAGAUCAUCGAAAAGGCACAGCUUACAAAUCUAAAAACUCUUCUUUCGAGUUGACCAUGACGCUGCCUUACAUUGGUUUUGAUGAUUGUAAAGCAUAUAUUCCCAUACCAGCUUGGUUUGCUCAGACACAUCUCUCCCGGAAACAUGAAGGCGUCAUGCUUCUGGUUUCGGAUGGCAAGGUAAGCAAAAGAUGGAAUGUGAACUAUAGCUGGAAAUCAAGUCAUCUGAACGGUGGUUGGCUCAAAUUUGUGAGAGGCAACUUCUUGGAAGUCGGUGAUAUUUGUGUGUUUGAGGCAGUAAAGGAAGAACUAAAUACUCUGAAAGUUGCCAUCCGUAGGCACAGAGGAGAUGCAGAUCCAUACGUAUAUGUUGAUUAAGAGUUCUGGCUUCAGGACAUUCAACUUGGGCUUUUGUUUUACUGUUUAUAUUGUUUUCAAGUCAUAUUCUCUCUUUAUCCCCUUUAAACAACUUUUGUUUUUGGACAAAGCAAUCCCAAACAAAAAGAGAAUGACGAUACAUACACUGAUUUCUUUUAAAAAAUGUCACAAUCUCUAAAGCAUUUGAAGCAGCUAAAUCAAUUCCCUGAAAGGUUCAUUAACAGCAUCUAUAAAUUACAUAAACAGGUGCGGUAAAACAAUUAUCAAAUUUGAAGUUGGGGAAUGCUCCACAAGAUACAACGUCUCAGUUUGCUUGGCGAACAUUAUGAUUUGAUUCCCUGGCAAGUCCAUGAAAGUUCCACAGAAAUCCAUAUAAAGCUCCGACCAAUUGUACUGCAUCUAAACAAA